AUGGCUUCCUCUUCUCUUUUCCUCCAAUUCCUUGUUCCUCUCCUCCUGCCACUACUGUCAAUCACCCCUUCUUACGCUCAAAGUCACCGCGAUAUAAGCUUGGGCACCUCCCUAAUUAGCACCCUCGGUCAAAACACCUCCUGGCUCUCCCCCUCCGGCGAGUUUGCAUUUGGCUUUCAUCCCCUCGAAACUGACCGCAGCCUGUUUUUGCUUGCCAUCUGGUUCGAGAAGAUAGCACAGAAGACUGUAGUCUGGUAUGCAAAUGGAGGCAAACCGGUGCAGUAUGGGUCCAUGGUGGAGCUCACCGCCGACGGGCAGCUCCUGCUCAAGGACCACAACGGCCAGGAGCUGUGGAACGCCGGCAAGAAUGCCUCCUACGCUGCCAUGCUCGACACCGGUAACUUCGUGCUUGUCGGCACCCAUGCCUCUGUCGUUUGGCAGAGCUUCGACACUCCUACUGACACCAUUUUGCCCUCCCAAGUCCUGCAUCCGGGGACUGAGCUCCAUGCCCGUCUAACGGCCACCAACUACUCCAGUGGAAGGUUUGAGCUCAGGUUCGAAGACGAUGGCAAUCUGGUGUUGUAUACAGUGGCCGUUCCUUCUGGCAAUCAGUAUGAUCCUUACUGGACGAGUGAUACCAUCGGAAAUGGAUCGCAGCUCGUCUUCAAUGAGUCGGGUAGAAUCUACUUGGCCGAAAAGAAUGGUAGCAUAUCCAAUUUUACCUCCGGGUCGAUAGGCCCGAUGGAGGAUUUCUACCAGAGGGCGACUCUCGACUUCGACGGCGUCUUCAGGCAGUACGUCUACCCGAGGAAGGGGAUGAGGAGCGGGAGCUGGAACGAUGACUGGACUUCUGUGGAUGCCAAGCCUACAGACAUCUGCCAAGCAAUCGCUGCCAAGACCGGAAGCGGAGCUUGUGGGUACAACAGCUACUGCACAAUUGAUGAGAGGCAGCACGUCGACUGCGAGUGCCCACCCUCGUAUUCCUUCUUCGAUCCUAAUAGGACGUACAAGGGGUGUAUGCCGGAUUUCGCGGCCCAAAGUUGUGACGCAGAUGCGAAGGAGAUAGAGUCACUCUAUGGAUUCAAAGAGAUGAUCGGUUUGGAUUGGCCAUUAUCCGAUUACGAACAGCUCUACCCCAUAGAGGAGGACCAGUGCAGAAAGGAAUGCUUGAGUGAUUGUUUCUGUGUCGCUGCCACCUAUAAUAUUAAUGAUCGGAAUUGUUCCAAGAUGAAGGCCCCCCUAUCUAAUGGAAAGAAGGGCAGCUAUAUCCACACGAAGUCUCUCAUCAAAGUACCCAGAAGUACCCAGUCCCCACCUCCGAUUCCAACUGUAGUGAUUAAAGACAAAAACUCAUGGACAGGGAUUAGAUCGCUGCUUCUAGGGGGCUCGGCACUCAUAAAUAUUUUGCUCAUCGCUGCUGUUCUUCUUCUUGCCUUUUACUCCUACAAGAAAAGGAUUUACAGUCUUCAGCCAAAUUCGAGUGAAACAGGGACGGGUCUUCGUUCCUUCACUUACAGAGAGCUCCAAGAAGCCACCAAUAAUUUCAGCGAGCAACUGGAUUAUGGAGGUCUCGGAGGAGCUUACAAGGGCUGCUUGAGAGAUGAAGCUAGUACUUUUGUGGCAGUAAAAAGAGUUGGUGAUCUCUUGCCAGACUCGGAGGUGGAGUUCAUCAAUCUAAUUAAAGCCAUUGGCCAGGCCUCCCAUAAGAAUCUAGUCCGGUUGCUUGGGUUCUGCAAUGAAGGAACAGAGCGAUUUCUGGUAUACGAGUUCCUGAGCACUGGCCCACUGAAGAGCUUCCUCUUUAGAAGUAUCAGGCUAAAAUGGAACCAACGAGUCCAGGUUGCCUUGGGAAUUGCAAGAGGCCUCCUCUACUUGCAUGAAGAGUGCGGCACUCAAAUCAUCCACUGUGACAUACAGCCUCGAAACAUCCUCUUGGAUGACAACUUUGUUGCGAAGAUUUCCAACUUUGAAUUGGGAAAACUUCUAAGGGAAGAUCAGGCACGAGUAACCAUGGCGGUCAGAGGGACAGUAGGGUAUAUUGCACCGGAGUGGUUCCAGAACAUGGGGAUCACAGCCAAGGUGGAUGUGUAUAGCUUCGGUGUCACGUUGCUGGAGAUCAUAUGCUGCCGGAAAGUUUUGGAACCAGUGCUGGAGAACGAUGAGGCUGCAAGACUGACAGAUUGGGUUAAUAUUUGCUAUAGAAAUGGGAGGUUGGAUAUGGUGGUAGGAGGUGAUGAAGAGGUGCGCUUCGACAUGGGGAGGGUGGAGAGGUUCGUGGCAGUGGCCCUUUGGUGCGUCCAAGAGGAGCCAUCGCUGAGGCCAACGAUGUGGAAGGUGACCCAGAUGCUGGAUGGAGCGGCUACUGUCCCUGUGCCACCUGACCCUUCCUCCUACAUCAGUUCGAUCCAGUAA